AUGUGCAAGCUUCGUUAUUCUUCCCAGAAGAAUGGAAUGAUGGCUAUGAAGGUAGAUAUGGAGCAGGCGUAUGAUUGUAUGUCAUGGGAUACCUUGCAAAUGGUGAUGUCGAUGAUGGAUUUUUCUGCUCGUUUUAUUCAUUGGGUGAUGCAGUGUAUUAUUAGACCACGGUUUUCUCUCCUGAUUAAUGGUAAUCGAACACCAUGGAUUUAUGCCAUGAGCGGUCUAAGGCAGAAUACUGAUAGAAUUUCACACCUGUUAUAUGCUGACGACAUCUUGGUGUUUGCUGAAGCCAACAUGAGUAAUGCUCUUCAGAUUAUGGGAAUUUUACAGGAUUAUUGUGGGUGGACUGGGCAGAACAUCAAUAGGGAGAAGUCAGCUGUGCUUUUUAAUAAGAAAUGUCCAGGUUGGAAGAAAAGGAUGAUUGCUCGGAUUAUGGGAUACAGAAAGGUGAGUUCUCUGGAAUACUUGGGGCUGCCUCUUGUUAUGAAGAGAUUGGUGGGUGCUGAUUUCUCUAAUGACAUUAAGAGAGCUCAUGAGAAGAUGAACAUUUGGGGGAAGAAGCAUUUAUCAUUGGCGGGUCGUGCUUUAUUGAUCUGGACUUCUUUAUUAACCAUCCCCAUGUAUUUAAUGACACAUACUGCUGUCCCGAAUGGAGUUCUUAAUUCUAUUGAGAAAUUGGGAGGGCAAUUCCUGUGGAAGAAGGAUUCCAAUAGUAGUGGCCUGCAUUAUGUGAAGUGGAAGGAGUUGUGCCAGACUAAGGAGUAUGGAGGGCAUGGGUUUCUGGGAUUGACUACAUGGCAAGGCCCUUUGCGUGCUCGACUAGCUUGGGAGGUUCUUCAGGAUUCGAAUUCUAUCCUGCACAAGCUGGUAAGGGAUAAGUAUGGGAUGGAAUUAUGGAGUCAUACACAGAUUUGGAGACCUUCUAUUACUUGGAAGGUGAUUCAUGAUAGAGCUAAAGCUCUUAGACCCAUUAUUAGAUGGAAGAUUGGUAAUGGCCACUGUAUUGAUAUGCUGCAUGAUUGCUGGAUUCUGGAUCGUAAAAUUGCUUUAUGGACCACUUUUGUUAAUGUUGAUGAAGUGGAGAAUGUCAAGGUGAGUAUACUCCUUAAUGAUUCCCUUCAGUGGAAAGAGGAAGAGGUAGAGAGGUAUUUUGGGAAGUGUAUGGCAGAAAGGAUUAUGACCAUCAACACGGGAGGUGGAAAUGGAAUUGACUGUGCUGAACUCAUCCAUUCUCGGAUGAAUUUGACGAUAACUGCUAUGGCAUAUAGAGCUAAGUAUGGAGGAACAGAGUACCAAUACAGCUAG